AUGGCCGACCACGACUCGCGAAGCAUGUCGAUUGUCCCCUACAGCGGCGGAGGGCAUGUCGUACUUCGCCAUGACGAUGCGGUUGUCGUGUUUGACCCGAAUUCACAGCAGCUCGUCCUCAAGCCCGCGAAUCAAGCUGUCGAAAACAUCGCAGAGCGAACGGAGUGCCCCUAUUGCCAUCGUCCGCUGCGCGACGGCAGCCCCGAGCACCCGCAGGAGCCGCAUCGAGGGUCUACGCCGGCCACUGCAGCGCCGUCGAGAUUCGUGAAGCCGGACUACUUUCGACUCCUAGAGAAUACCAGCCUCCCUUCAGCUGCGGACCAGGCAGCUGCCUCCCCCCCUUCCCCACGACGCCAGUUGGUGCCGCCUGGCCGUGAUGAAGGGAUACCAGCUUCGGCCAGCGAGCACGGCGGCGGCGGCGGUCAUGGUGGUGACUCGCCAGCGGGCAGUACCCAUGGAAUCUCGUCAGCUGCAUUCAGUCAUGAUUAUUUCAAGAGAUUUUUCGUUGAAGAGCGGGAGCUGGGAAGAGGUGGGAAAGGCGUUGUGCUGCUGGUGAAGCAUAUACUGGAUGGCGUGUCUCUGGGCCACUAUGCCUGCAAGCGUGUCCCCGUUGGCGAUGACCACGAAUGGCUGAAGAAAGUGUUGAUCGAAGUCCAGCUGCUGCAGCAUCUCUCGCACCAGAAUCUAGUCUCAUACAGACAUGUGUGGCUAGAAAACGCAAAGCUCAGUAAUUUCGGUCCAAGUGUACCGUGUGCCUUCAUUCUACAGCAGUAUUGCAACGCAGGAGACCUGCAAAAAUAUAUCUGCGGCUCGAUUCAGACAGCAGCAGAUACGCCGCAGCAGCUAAAGGCCCGGCUACGGCGCAGAUCUCGAGGCCAGCCAGAGCUUCCAAGCGCUGCCAGCGGGCCACGGCGGCUCCAGCUGGAGGAAAUAUAUUCGUUCUUCAAAGAUAUCACCUCGGGCCUCCGUUUCUUACACGCCAAUGGCUAUAUCCACCGUGACCUGAAGCCAAGUAACUGCCUGCUGCACGAAACUGGCCGUGAGCUCCGAGUAUUGGUCAGUGAUUUCGGUGAAGUCCAGUUCGAGAACACUGUCCGCAACUCUACUGGAACUACAGGCACCAUCUCCUUUUGCGCUCCUGAAGUGCUUCGAAGAGUAUCACCCGGUGGCCCCUUUGGCAAUUUCAGCUUCAAGUCUGACGUCUUCUCUCUUGGAAUGAUUCUCUAUUUCCUUUGCUUUGGCCAGCUUCCAUAUCGUAAUGCUGAUGUGGUUGACGAAGACAAAGAAGAUCUUGAUCUUCUUCGUGCUGAAAUUAGUCGAUGGGCAGGAUUCAAUGCCGCAAGGCGGUUGAGACCUGAUCUUCCUGAUAUACUCUACUCUUUCUUAACCCGUCUCCUGGAUGUGAACCCUGAUAUGAGGCCAACCGCAGAAGAGGUCUUGAGCGGAAUCCAGACUGGUGCCUCCAGUGGCCGUUUUCAUAGGGCAUCCCCAUCCCCUACUGACCUUCAACCUACCACCCGUGUGCUUCCUGUAGAUAGCCCUGCUACAGGAUCACCGUCAAGGCGGUCCCAUAGCCCCGUGAAGAGAGCUCCCCCGGCAUUGGACCUUCCUCCUACCAUAGUCCAUUCUAAUGCGCUUGUGGCCGGAAACUCAAGCCAGGCAACAUCCAAUGAACCAGAAGCCCCAUUUGAGGACCUGAACGGUAGUCAUAUUAACGGAGAGUCCACCAGUCUUCUUGUCCGAUCAACUGCCACAUCCCCUCGCCUUGUGAGAGAAUACCCUGAAAAUCAUAAUCGACGAUAUUACACCAUUACCAAUCGCCUUCUCCUCCCUCCUCCUGGCAGAUUUACCUUCCUAGGCCACAUUUUACGAAGUAGGCCCAUUGUACCAAUCCUGACGAACUUUCUUAUCCUUGCUAUCAAAAUAAUCUCCCUUACCCAGCCGUGUGCGCCGCUCACGGUCAAACCGUGGAUAGUAUACCCACUACUUUUCCUCGCAGCUCUAGAUUUGAGUGUUCCAAAAAGAUGGUUCCAUGUAGCUGCGUUUUUGCUUCAUGCAUUGGUCAUUGCCAUUGCUUUCAAAACAGGAUCUCUUUGUGCACAGGGGUUCCGUGAUUUCCACCCGCUGGGGUAG